AUGGCUAAAAAGGUUGAACAUUGCUUGAGUAAAUGGGGGUUGAAUCGUGUUCUUACUUUAACAGUUGAUAACGCCUCGUCAAAUGAUGUUGGAAUCCAAUAUCUAAAAAAAAGGUUAAUGUCUUGGAAUAGUUUGGUUAUGAAGGGAGAUUAUAUUCACAUGCGUUGUUGUGCCCAUAUUUUGAAUUUGAUUGUGAAAGAAGGUUUCAAGGAUAACAUUGAUGCUAUUUUGAGAAUUCGCGGUGCUGUAAAAUAUGUACGAUCUUCCCCUUCUAGGUUGGCUAAAUUCAAGACAUGUGUUGAGAAACAAAAUAUUGAAUACAAAGGCCUUGUUUGCUUGGAUGUGGAAACCAGAUGGAAUUCUACCUACUUAAUGUUAGAGGCUGCAUUGAAACUUCACAAGGCUUUUGAAGAGCUUGAGAUGCAAAAUAAGAAGUAUAUCGAAGAGUUAGAAAAGGUAAAAGGUGUUCAUUCAUAUGCUGAUUGGGAAUUUGUGCGUGCAAUCCUACCAUUUCUGAAAUUGUUUUAUGAUGCUACUUUGUGCAUGUCUGGCUUAGUUUAUGUAACUAGAAAUAUAUACAUGUUUGAGGUCUUUGGAAUUGGAAAGAAGAUUAGCCAAAUGUGCAAUUCUAGGGAUAUAAAUGUAUUCAUUAUGGCAGAAAAUAUGAAGAAGAAAUAUGAUAAGUAUUGGGGCAAUGUUGAUCUUCUGAAUAUGUUUUUACUUAUUGCUCUUGUGUUGCAUCUAGGAUACAAAUUACAGUUCAUGAAUUGGUUGAUUAGUCAAAAUUUUGAUGGUGAGGUGGCAUCUAGUUUAAAAUAA